AGUCCCAGCGUGCUUUGCGGGACAACAAGGGACGGAAGGCAAAGAUUCGUGACCGUCUGAGGGGAAAAUAAUUAUUUAAUAUAUAGAUAAGACAUUGGGAUAAUAUUACUUUAUAAAUAAGUACAUUUAGUAUUAAUUUUUUUUUAGAAUUUACACUGUUGUUUGCGUGGGUGGACGCAUUGUAGGGAAUUGCCCGGGUUUGAUGCGCGGAUCCGCUCAUUCCGAGCUGUCGAUGGUGCAGAAAGAGAAGGCGGCCGGAGGGCCGGAGGAGGGCGACACUGAUACUGUACCCCCUACUGACUCUAGCCCUGCUCCCGCCCCGACACCCGGGCCUGGCCCUCCAGACUCCGAGACCAGCCACUCGAACCCGGCUGGCGACGCAGCUGCGGCCGCUCCUGAUCCACCCCCUCAGGAGUCGGCCGCGGCCAAUGGCGGACUGGAUAAUCGCCCUCUGCCCCAACGCCCCGAUCCUGUCGGCGGCGAGAAGAAGAAAUUCCUGUGCGGCGUUGUGGAAGGAUUUUAUGGCCGCCCUUGGAGCAUGGAACAGAGGAAGGAACUGUUCCGAAGAAUGCGCAAGUGGGGAUUGAACACGUACCUGUAUGCACCAAAGGAUGAUUACAAGCAUAGGAUGUUCUGGCGGGAAAUGUACUCUGUUGAAGAAGCAGAACAAUUGAUGCAGCUAAUAUCUGCUGCAAAAGAACACGAUAUUGAGUUUGUCUACGCCAUAUCUCCUGGUCUUGAUAUCACAUUCUCAAAUCAGAAAGAAGUUGCUACCCUGAAACGUAAAUUGGAUCAAGUGUCACAGUUUGGAUGCAAGUCUUAUGCAUUGUUAUUUGAUGACAUUGACCACAAUAUGUGCCCAGCAGACAAAGAGGUGUUCAGCUCAUUUGCACACGCACAACUGUCUGUUACUAAUGAGAUCUAUCAGUACUUGGAAGAGCCAGAACAUUUUUUGUUCUGUCCUACAGAGUACUGUGGGACCUUUUGCUACCCAAAUGUUGCACACUCUCCAUACCUUCGGACUGUUGGAGAUAAACUACUUCCUGGCAUUGAUGUGCUGUGGACUGGUCCGAAGGUGGUCUCCAAAGAUAUCUCUGUGGAAUCCAUUGAAGAAGUCACCAAAAUACUGAAGAGACCACCUCUUAUCUGGGACAAUCUGCAUGCCAAUGAUUAUGAUCAGAAGCGCCUCUUCCUAGGACCAUACAAAGGGCGGUCAACUGAACUAAUUCCACGGCUGAAAGGAGUACUGACGAACCCUAAUUGUGAAUUUGAAGGGAAUUUUGUUGCCAUUCACACCCUGGCGACAUGGUACAAAUCCAACAUGAAUGGUGUGAGAAAAGAUGUUGUGAUGACUGACACAGAAGAGAGUACGGUGUCCAUUCAGAUAAAACUUGAAAAUGAAGGUAGUGAUGAGGAGAUAGAAAUGGAUGUCUUGUACAGUCCCCAGAUGGCUCUGAAGAUGGCUAUAUCAGAAUGGCUGCAGGAAUUUGGAGUGCCACAUCAGUACAACUGUCGAACAGUCCCUCACAGUGGCGCAAAGACAAAUGCAAUUGAUGUAGGGACACUUGACACGCCCUGCCUGAAUUCCUCCACGACAGUGACGACAGUCUACCAACAGCCUAUCAUGAGUCAGGGAAGCCCCCUGAGUGGUGAACAAGCCCCACUAGCAAAGGAAGAAGAGGAUAAAAAACAACAGUCUGAUGAAGAACCAAUGGAGAUGGUAGUUGAAAAACCCGACGAACAGGAAGCCAAAAAUGUUAAUCAAAUCCUUACAGAUAUUGUCAAGGCCAAAAUGUCUGAGGAUCUCAAACCCAUGGAGAUGGACAAAGAUAGUAUUGCUGAAUCUAAGUCUCCUGAGAUCUCCAUGCAGGAAGACUCUGGCAGUGAUAUUGCACCCAUGCAGACAGAUGAGCAGAUGAAUAAGGAGCAGUAUGUCCCGGGUCCCAAUGAAAAACCGCUAUAUACAGCUGAAGCUGUGACUCUGGAAGAUCUAAAUCUCUUGGCUGAAAUGUUCUAUCUGCCUUAUGAACAUGGACCCAAAGCUGUUCAGAUGCUGAGGGAGUUUCAGUGGCUUCGGGCUAAUAGUAGUGUUGUUAGUGUGAACUGUAAAGGGAAAGAUGCUGAAAAGAUUGAGAAGUGGCAUUUCAGAGCUACUAAGUUUGAAGAAAUGUGCUGUGGUGUAAUGCAGAUGUUUACCCGUCUUGCCAACUGUGAAAACCGAUCCAUUCUAUAUGACCUAUACCCAUAUGUCUGGGAUAUAAAGGGUGUGGUAUCUAUGGUGAAAUCGUUUGUCCAGUGGUUAGAUGGAAGAAUCCUCAGCACAAGUUACUACAGCUGUGGGAUCGACAACGCCAGAUGGUGUCGUAGUCAAUCUUCAGCACAGUUCUUGAGUGGCGACCAAGAACCCUGGGCCUUUAGAGGUGGUCUAGCAGGAGAGUUUCAGCGUUUGUUACCAAUUGAGGGGGCAAAUGACCUCUUCUACCAGCCACCACCAGCCAUGCCUACCUCAAAAGUGUACACAAUUAGGCCGUACUUUCCGAAAGACGAGGCCUCUGUGUACAAGAUCUGUAAGGAGAUGUAUGAUGAUGAAAUGGAUGGCGACUCAAUGUCAUAUCAGCCAGAUAUUGUAGGGGACAGUUUGGUCGGAGGUCUUCUGACGUUGAGCCCGGAUUAUUGCUUCGUUUUAGAGGAUGAGGGCAGUAUAUGUGGUUAUGCCCUUGGAACUGUGGAUGUGAAACCAUUUUGUAAAAAAUGCAAAGUGUCCUGGAUACCCGCUAUGCGGGAGAAAUAUAUUAAACCAGACCCUAGUCAAAAUCUUUCCGAAGAACAGAAAAUGAUGUUGAGCUUCCAUGAAGAGCAGCAAGGCCUACCGGAAAGCUUCCUCGCCACCUUCCCAUCAUUAAUUAAAGUAGAUGUGCACUCAAAAGUGACAGAUCCUAGUGUUGCUAAGAGUAUGAUGGGAUGUUUGCUUUCAUCGUUGAAAGCUAAUGGGUCCCGAGGAGCAUUCUGUGAAGUAAAACCCACUGAUCGACGAGGUCUGGAAUUCUACAGAAAGCUGGGCUUCUUGGAGUUAGCUAAAAUGGAGGGAUUUCCUAAAGAGAUGUUAGUUCUUGGAAGGAACUUGUAACAGAAAUCUGUGCAACGUAGUGUAAUUAAAGGAUGUGUAUAAUUAAAUGUAUCUAAAUUUAGCCUUAAGCUGAAUAACCUGUGUUUAAUAAUGUUUUAUAUUUUCUUUUUUAAUUUGCAAUACAUAAUGAGGUGAACUUGAUUUAGAUGGCACUUUGAGAGUUGGGUGGAACUCCACUGAUGCAGUAACAAAGCAUUAUCUUCCUUGUUCUGUUUUAUACCCUUUUCUAUUCCUCCCACUUUACAUGAGCAAUUGUUCGGUAUCAGAAGGGAAGUUGACAAGGUGGUGCCUAGUUCUCUCACUUCAGACACUAGUCCCAAGCUGAUGGUGUGAGCUUGCUGUGCAGGCAGUUGAACUACCAUGUCAAAACUUGGUUGUUUUUAAUAACUGACUAUCUACAGAGGAGCGUGUGGAGUUUUCUGUUUGCAGUGAUAAUUGAGCUCAGUUCAUUGUUGAUGGGUGGGAGGCUUUGGGACUUCAACUGGUAUCUGGUCUCCUUUCUGCAUUUUGUUUUGAAUCCUAUGGAAAGUAAUGGACUUUGCCUGUCUUUAAAACACACAUUAUAUUUAGAUAUUCUCAUUUCACUGUAUUAAAUAAAUUGUUUCUUGAUAAAGAAACAUGCUGUAAAUGUUGAAAAUCUGAAAUAAUUGCGACAGUGCUGGGAAUACACAGCAGGUUAGUCAAAAUCUUUUAAAAGUUAAUAUCAGAAUAAUACUUUUGGGUGCAAAACCUUUUAUCAGAACCUAAUUUGAACUAUACCUUCAAACCAUUUAGUGUGUGAAUGUUUCUUGUUUGUAUAAAGACUAACUUUCAAGUUAGACUUCAGUCAUUGGAUUUCACCAGGCACAAUGUUAACUUAGUAACAUGUCCCACAGUCAUUGUUAGCAGCAGUCCUGUAUGUGACUACCAUCCCAUCUUAUUGCUGUUAAGUGUUGAUAGUUAUGUAUUAAGUGAUGGGUGUGACAGUUUCUGUCCUCCCCACGGUAUGACAUGGAAUGUAAUAAGCUCCCAGAUGUCUGUUUCUAGUCAGUUUUUUUUUUUGCAAAGGUGGUUAAGGCAAAAAUGGAUAUAGAUCACAACAAAUGUACACCUUGCAGUCUCUGGUUUCGCACCUUCGUUUGUUGUGUGGACCAGAAAUUGUUUCCAUUGUGGUCUUUUUCCUUUGCAUUAUAUUUGUGGUAUCUCUCAUUGUCCCUGAUACUUUGAGUAUGCAUCUCAAAUGUUGAUGUCUCCUGACAGAAACAGUUUCUCAGUUGGUUGCUGACACACAGAUGUGCUGGUCUAGUCACACCAUGAUCUGCUAAUGCAAUUAGUCAAUCAACCCUCCCCAGACAUUACUUAGAACUACUACUUGGAAUGCAUUCCUCAAUAACCUAUUACUCAAACCAUUAUCACAGUCUGCACCAUUCUCACUUUCUAACCUUCUGUUCUUGUUCUAUAACCCCUUCAAUAUGCAAUAAAUAGAGCCUGUCUUGCAUUACUAAAUAUUUACUCCUAUACUUGAAGAAUUAAUUAAGUCAUGCGGAUAAGUAUUGGCAUGUUUUUGACAUUCAGUUCAUACAACCCAUCACAUUGAUAUCAGGAGAAAAGGCUGAACAUCACCUUUGACAGUGCUUAGGAAAGCCUAAGAUUCCCUUUUAGCUGCAGCAUUUCUUAUUCAAUCAUGAGGCGAGGGCAUCGCUGGCUCGACUAGCAUUUAUUGUUCACCCUGAACUGCACAAAAGGCAGUUAUGAGUCAACUGCAUUGUGGGUCUGGAGUCACACGUAGACCAGACUGGGUGAGGAUGGCAGAGUCCUUCUGUAAAGGGCGUAGUGAACUAGAGGGCUUUUUCUGGUAAUCUGACAAUAGUUUCAUGGUCAUCAUUAGACUUUUAAUUCCAGAUUUUGUUUUUUAUUGAAUUCAGGUUCCACCAUCUGUCAUGGUAGAAUUUGAACCCAAGUCCUUAGAGCAGUCUUAAUGGUUUAGUGAUAAUACCACGAAGCCAACACUUCCCAAUCUCAAUUGACAAAUGAGUGCGUGAGCUAAGAUUUCACUCUUUUUGGUUUCUCGCACACCCUGGUUCCGUUUGUGCAAACCCCUACUCUCAUGUUUCCACUUGCUGGAGAUAGAUAAAUUUGUUUUUCUGUCUUCACUAUACUGAUGGAAGCAUUCCUGCAACCAUUGUCUAUUACAAUUUUCUGUCUGAUAUCUUGUUCAAAUGGCACACUUCCUUGUUUCCCGAAUACUGUGUUGAGUGAGAAGUAGCUGAAAUUCAUGUUAAUUCCCAUUCAUUCUUGUCUUCUUUCUUGUAUUUUCAAACAUUUAGCCUACACUUGCAUACACUGUACAGAUCUAUCCUUUUCCUUUACUUCUUACCCUUCAUGACUUCUAUAAAUCAAGCAGUACUUUUGAUUGGGGUCAAAAGCCUCAUCUCCGACCCAACCCCAACUGUCCCCUUGAACAUUGUUUGCACCAUGUGCCAUUCUCCUGAGUCACUUUAAAUCAUAUGUAAAAGCUACCUUUACUGAACAAUGUGCACAUUUGGAAUCCAGAUUUUAAAAUUAAAUGUUUUUAUUUGGACAGAGAAAAUGGAGCACAAAAUAUUCAGUUAUUGUUCAGGUUGCAUGCAUGGAUAGAUCGUGGAUAAUUAAAAAUUUGUUUUUACAGACAGAUGUAUGGACUAAUCCAUUUUGAAUAUCUGUUUCAUAAAACCAGAUUAACACCUUUUUUCCCCUUUCUGCCUCAUUUAUUCCCUGCCCCUAUUUCUCAAGAAAUAUAAAGCUGCACUAUAUUUCUGCACACUAGCUGAGGUUUCCUGACUACAUACUUGAAAUUGCCAUUGCUUGCCUGCUUCCUUUGGUUGUCUUGUAAUGGGUUUUUUGUUGCGCAGGUACAAGAAACCAAGAGGAGAAAAUGGUUGCAUGUAGGUGGGGUUGCUUGGCAGUACAUGGACUGUUCUGAAGGAUUGCUGCAUAUAGGAAGUCUGUGGGACAUCCAAAAGUGGAAAGCAGGGCAGAAAGCUCUGCCAAGUCAUUUUCUUCAAGGGGGAGGAAAGAAAACAGUCAGUGCUGCAAAGUAUUUAGUUCAAUUUAAAAUUAACAGAUUGAAUAAAAUGUCUGGUGGUGUAUCAUUUUUCCUAUUUCAAAUGCCAACCUGCUGUGUAUUCAGGGAUAUUUCUUAUUUCCACAUAGUUAUGUGAACAUACCCCUUGUUAAACAUUUCUCCAAAUUAAUUUGGGAAAAGGAGGGUCAUCCCCUUGAACCACUUCAAUUCAUUUAUUAUCACUGAAUACCUAUAUCAAAAGGUUCCAGAGGUUUGAUCCAGUAAUAGUGAUGUAUUCCAAGUCAGAGAGAAAUUUGCAGGUGAUGGUGUUCCCACUUGUUUGCUACCCGUAUCCUGGGUAGUGGUGCUCAUUGCAUGUUUCAGUGCUUCUCCUGCAGGGAUAAAUCUCUUCGUGUUUUGUGACCAGAUAAAAUGAAAUAGUGUGGAAAAUUAUAUUUAUCAUAACACAGUAGUAGAGUUACAGAUUCUAUUCUCCUGAAACCCACUCUGGUUACUGAAAAUAUUUUGAGCUGUAUAGCAGUGUGACACAAUAUUAGUUCCACAGAACCAUAGGGCACAUGGCAAUGACAACUUACUGUAAAGUGUAUUACUGCUGAUCAUUACUAUAAUUAGCAUGAUAAAUAUAACAGCUGUCAAUACUUCAUUUAUUUCUGGUUGGAAUUUAGCCACUCUUCUGCUUUAACUUUUGCACCCCUCUUUUUGAAAAAGCACAGACAUGCUGCUAGAUCUUGAUACCUGGUGCUCAUUCACCAAAGCUUCCAACACUCAUCAGUGGAGAGCAAGCCCAGACAUGGAAAGAACUGUGUACAUAUAAAUUUUUUUUUAAAAGA